AUGGCCAGGCCCCGGCUGCUGGCACUUCUCUUGCUCCUGGCCCUGCCACGGCAGCCAUCCUCCCUGCCACAGCCGGACACCUCCCAGGGCAAGGCCACCAUGGCAGAUCUGAUCCUGUCUGCGCUGGAGAGAGCCACCUUGUUCCUGCAGGAGAGGCUGCCUGGGGUUAACCUGGAUGCAGUGGUGGGAUUCCAGGUGCUGGAAGAGCAGCUCCGGGGCAUCCAGGACAAGUGGGCGGCUGACCCCCUGCUGCGGCCACUCGGCCUGCGCGCCGGGCAGCUGGCCGCCAAGCUGACCGCCCUCCUCCGCCAGGCUGUUGUCUACCUCCAGCAGACCGACCCCACUUACCUAAGAGAGUUCCAGCCAAGCCUCCAGCCUGGGUUUUGGAAGCUGCCUCACACGUGGACCCGCACCAAUGCCUCCCUAGUCUACGCCUGGCUCGACCCCCAUGACUCGUUCUCCGAGGACAGCAGUGACUUGUGUCUGGUGCAGCUACUGGGAACUGGGACGGACCAGAGCCAGCCCUGCAUGCUCUCAGACUUCUGCAGGGCGCUCAUGACCAAGGCCGGCUGCUCCGGCUACAGCCUGUCCCAUCAGCUGCUCUUCUUCCUGUGGGCCCGAAUGAAAGGCUGCACACAGAGCCUGUUCCGCCAGAGCCAGCUGUACAUCGGCAUCUUCUGUGCUAACAUGAUGGCCCUGAACCAGAGAGCCCAGGCCGCCGGCUACACCUACCCCACCCAAGACCUCUUCAUGGAGAACAUCAUGUUCUGUGGCAUCGCCGGCUUCUCCGACUUCUACAAGCUCCGGUGGCUGGAGGCCAUCCUCAGCUGGCAGAAGCAACAGGAAGGCUGCUUCGGGAACCCCGAUACCAAGGACCAAGAAGCCCCCAGUGUGCCCCUUCCCCCACAGCACGCUCUGAGAAGAGUGAGGAGGCGGGAAAAGCUAUUCACAGACGGCUGCUCCUGCCACAGCACAGCCACCGCCGUGGGCGCUCUGGGUGGGUUCCUGUACUUCCUGGCGGCACACCCACUGGCAAAUGACGGGCCUCAUCCGGCGACACUGUCACCCCCCAGCGGCCGCUGAGCCGGGGCUCCACUGGCAUCUCUGAAAGGGUCAGCCGCUGAAGAGGAGCCGCAUAGCACACAGCUCUGUGGAAAACUUCUGGGCUGGUUUGAAACCCAGACUGAGCAGGGAGCAGGUGAAUACA